GUGAAUAUUGAAAAACGAUUAUGGUUCUCGUUAUUGAUAAUCAAUGUUUUAUAAACAUAUCAUAAAUUCAUCUGUUUAAAAAAUAGAAACUAUUUUCUUUGUUAUUAUGUACAUUUUUAAAUAACUGACGCAUGCAUUUCAUUUCAUUAGUUAAAAUAGUAUUGGCACGAAACUCCCUCCUCGUAAAACCUACUACGAUUUCAUAGUGUUUACGAUUCACUAACUUAAUUUUAACUGAUAUGAAUAUUAUUCAAGCGGUUAUAACUAACUCAACUUAUCUUUGAAAUGGAACAAUUAAGAAUAAAAAUGAUAAUGUUAAUGUAAAUGUAGCUAGUUUCUUUUUAUUUUUACAAAAACGAUAGUUUUUUCUUUUCCGUUAUAUUAGAAGGCAAAAGAUAUUUAACUUAAUACAGGAAUAAUCAAUUAUGAACCAAUUUACGAUACUAUGCUUCAAACAAUCUACAAUUUCAAGUAGAUACUGGUUAGAAAGAUGUUUGAGCCAAUAUUUGGUGUAUCAUGCAAGAGUAUAUUCUAAUGGAAUUAAUAAUCAUAAAAAUUACAUUGUCAAAAAGGAAAAUAUCAGUAAGAAAAAAGCAUUAAGGUUACAGAUACUGCAAGAUAUUAAACAAACUAAACGGAAAGUAGAAGUAAUUAUUGACAAAGAAAACAUUUGGACUGUACCAAAUAUUCUUUGUAUGGGACGAAUUGUAACAUCGCCAUAUUUAAGUUACUUAAUUUUGUCACAAGAUUACCAGAUAGCAUUAUGGCUAUUAAUAAUUGCUGGGUUUAGUGAUUUAGCUGAUGGAUGGAUUGCACGUACAUGGACAUCACAAGCUUCUAAGCUUGGCACUUUUUUAGAUCCUGCUGCAGAUAAGCUACUAGUAGGUACUCUGUUCCUAUCUUUGGCCUGGGUAGGAUUGGUUCCUAUUCCUUUAACAUGUCUUGUCAUUGCAAGAGAUGUUGCCUUGGUUUCAGCUGUUUCUUACAUAAGAUACCAAUCUUUACCUCCUCCAAAAACUUUGGCCAGAUAUUUUGAUCCUACAUAUGCAACAGUACAAUUAGCUCCAACAUAUAUAAGUAAAAUUAAUACUGCUAUUCAGUUGUCGUUUGUUGCUGGAACACUAGCUGCACCCAUAUUUCAUUUUGUAAAUCAUCCAGCUUUAGAAAUUUUUUGUUAUGUAACGGCGGUAACAACAUUAGCAGGAGGUGUAAGUUAUUUAAUAUCAAAAAAUACAUACAAAUUCGUAAGGAAAAAGACUUCAACAAAAUCAUCUAAUUAAAUACAUGUAUUAAUGAUUACAAUAACAUCAUUUAUUGUUUCUAAAUUUA